UCCGCCCUAAGCCAUUUUAUUUCUGUGAGCUGUGAUUUUCUGUGAGCUGUGAUUAGUGAAAAAUUGGAGAAAAGUAAAAUAAAAAAAAAAGAAAAGAAAAAAGAAAAUGAAACAAAUUGCAGUUUUGACAACUGCGCUUGUGUUGUUUCUUCUUAUGCUGGACUUUUCGGAUGCUUGGAGGGGCAAUUAUUACACAAUAAAACGUAGUAGAUGGGUGAGGAAAAUAUACUGUGCCUGCUGGUACUGGUGGUGGGGUUGUUCCUACUGGAGAUAUCACUGGAAAACCGAAUACUACAACGACCAUUUUUGUCGGCCAGGAUGGACACAUAACGGGAACCAAAAUUGUAACAUUCCUGUAUGCCGGCCCUAUUGCCGAAAUGGCGGAACGUGUGUAAAUCCAAAUGUCUGUGACUGUCCAAGCUGGUCUCAAGGAAUAGGGUGUGCAUCUUUAACGUGCUCCUACAAACGCCCUUGUUACCCUGGAGAUUGUAAAAGCGGUACACAAUGUACAUGCGAACCAGGCUUUGAAAGUCAAAGUUAUUAUGACGGUUGUAUCAUAUUUAAUUCAUCACACACAGAACUAAGACCGAUAGUUGGUAAGAGCAACGUUACAAUAUCUCAUAUCAGAAGAACCGACAACAGAGUUGAUUUUAUGUUUAUAUUGGAAGGCCUUGAGGAGAAGGAUCCAGGCAAAAGAGACAUUAUUUGGAGCAAUCAAAAGCGAUUUAACAAUCUACGCUUUGAAUAUGAGACACUUUUCACACCUCCAGAAAAUCUACCAGAAAGGCCAGUCUACGUCCGUGAAUCUAAAAUAGGGAUAGCAGGGAGCAUAAUCGAAGCAAACGUUAGCAAAGUCCCUAGAAACGGAGGCCAAAUCAGAGAUGAAGGAUCUUUUAAAAUAUAUGACUGUAAGGACACCAGUGGAUUUUCAAAAGAUAAUCCAGCAGAAGAACUAGCCAUAUGUGAGAUAAACGAUGACCAGUUCAGAACGUUAAUAGAACAUGGAGACUGGUAAGUCCUAUCAUGGUCAU